CUCUCAGUCACGGUAACACUGUAAUAAACACAGCGGUGUUGACUUCUGCACAAAUAAGCAACAAAAGCAAGCAUGUCUGUGGAGGAAGUCACCCUGCAGCUGCUGCAGGAGGCCAGGGAGAGGGUGAUGUCCAGUCCCCUGGGAGUCCUCCACACUCCCAUGAUCCCCUGGGCCCAGACCUCCCUGCCCCUCCCCACCCCCUGCCAUGCACACAUCAAGCUGGAGAACCUGCAGAGAACAGGCUCUUUCAAGAUCAGAGGGGUAGCCAAUCAGUUUGCGAGGAGACCACCGGGUGGCAAAUUUGUCACCAUGUCAGCUGGGAAUUAUGGGAAGUCGUUUGCAUACGCCUCCAAACACUACGGGAGUCAGGGGAAGGUAGUGAUGCCAGACUCCGCCCCUCUCUCCAGAUCCACCCUCAUACAGAGUUUGGGCGUGGCGGUGGAGCGCGUGCCUACUUCCUGUCUCUUGGGCGCAGUGAGACGCUGUGUCCAGGAAGAUAACUUUUCCUUCCUGCACUCCUAUGAUGACCUGGACCUGGUUGCUGGACAUGCCAGUCUGGGUCUGGAGGUCCUGGAGCAGCUGGAGGCCCCUGAGGUGGUGGUGGUGUGCUGUGGGGGCGGGGGCCUGCUGGCGGGCGUGGCCGCAGCACUCAGGCUGUCUGGCUGCAGCUCCACCAGGGUCUACGGAGUCGAGCCUGAGGGAGCGUGCACCAUGUACAGAAGCUUCAUUCAGAACAAGCCAGUAGGGAUGGACGCAAGGAGCAUCGCUUCAGGACUAGCUCCACCCUCCGCAGGUACCCUCCCCUACGAGCUGUGCCGGCGCUACGUGGAGGAGGUCGUCCUGGUGACCGACGAGGAGAUCAAGGCCGCCGUCUCCACCUUGUACGGGGCGGGGCUGGUGGUGGAGCCGUCCGGCUCUGCUGCUUUCGCCGCCGUCGUCAACAACAGGAUCCCGGACGUGGAGGGGAGGAGGGUGGUGGUCAUCCUCAGCGGGGGGAACAUCGGCAUGGAGGAGCUCGCCAGCUUCCCAGGAUGAGUCACCUUGACGACAGUGACACCGAUCAGUUCCGUACGAUGUAGUACAUUUACAUUUAAUCAUUUAGCAGACGCUCUCAUCCAGAGCGACUUACAGUAAGUACAGGGACAUUC